UGGUGUAUCCUAAGCUAACAAACAUCAGUUGGAGAGACAUGGGACUGUGUGGUCACCGAGGGGGAAAUAAAACGCUUCUCAGCGGAUUCAAAUCAACAAAAACCAUCACUUAGCGCUGAAAAUAAUCGAUGGAGCCUCUAAGAUUUAUAAAACGUAUUUUUUUUCUGUCAAGUGAGUAUUUGGGGGGAGAAAAGUUCAAUGACAGCAGAAGUUUUCGGUGGUUUUUUCAUACUUAGAGGAGCGUCACAUCUUCGCUUAGCGCAACAGGUGGUGUGGAUGGAAGUGUUAGUUGCCGUAGCGUCGACAGAAACAGGUGCACGUCUGGCUGUAAUGUUGUGACCAUAUGGCGAGCUCCACCACACAGCUGGCCAAAUGGGGUGCCGGUGCUGCCGGAUGAUAAAGAGCUACAUCUAUGACCCGUCUGUUCCCACUGACGGCAGGAAGGGCGACACUACCAGCAGCUCGUUCUACCAGCCGGAAAGCCGCCACAACAAGCAGAAGCAGGGCGUCCCAAACAUGGGCUACAGCAAGUCCCAUGACAGCACCCUCAAACUUGAGUCGGACAAUAACCACAUCAAUCACAGGCUACACGCUGCUCCUGCAGACGCCAAGGAGCUCCAACAGGGGACUGCGCCCCCUACUGCUGGGGGCCUGUAUAUCAUCCACCCAGAAGCAAUGGGACCACGAUGGGUCAUGCAGGAAAAAGGUCCAAGCCAGGUGCCAGUGUACCCAAACAUACACGAGUACGAGAAUCAGCCAAGUAGGAUGAAGAGCAACAGAAAAGGUGCAGACCAACCGAAGAAGAACAGGCGGGACAACUCCGCCCUUGAGUGCGUGACAGGCUGCGAAAGCCUAACGGCUGACGAGACAGACGAAGGCGUGGGAGGUACACCGGAAUACCCAUGCGACACGGGGGACGAAGGGAGCGUCCUGUCGGUGGACAUCCACACCAGUACAACCAGCCUGUCCUCGGCCGAUACCAAGGACGACCACAGACUGCCAAAAACGCCGGAUGCUUCCACCGUUGAGAGCGGCAUCUCGAUGAUGAAGAGCGAGGAUGAGGAGGAGGUACAGAGCGUAACGGACUCCAUGGUGGCGGAGGCUCUCGCUGCCCUGGAGGCAGCCACCGCCGGGGAGGACUCCGAGUGACAAGCGGGAGCACUUGAACACAGCAUGUCUUCAGAAGAAAACCAAUGAUGAGAAAUCAAACGAGUGACAAAAACUCAGUUUACAAAAAAGUUUUAUUUUAGACUCUAUUUUUUAUUGUGCACAGACAGAGGACAUGGCUGAAAGAAACAUUUUGAAUGCUGCGACGUUGGCGUAAAUGCAUAAAUGAAGAUACAGACUGUGAACAUUUCCUGCAGGUAGAGUUAAGAAAAAACACUCCAUGCUCAUUGUAAAGGCACAAACAUAUUUUUUUUAAUCGCAUCCUUCGAAACUUGUGCAAUGAAUCACGAGUUGCAAUAUCUGUGUCAACCAUGGGGGCAGUAUAGAGGCAGAACAAGGACAAAUAAGAGGGGGGGGAUGUCAUCAGGUGGUUGCGCAACAUGUCAAACCAGAAACAUGAUUCAGCUCAAAUCUGCCCCCUGGUGGAUAAAUCUUGAUGAAUAUAUGAACAAUAACAAUUAUAUUUCUUUGUUUUUGUUAUUUUUUUUAGUUACAUCUGAGGUAAGUUUGUGCCUUCAGGCUGUUUAUUCGCCGCUUUGCCACAUCAUUAUUGCCAUAAGACCAUCAGGUUGCCGUUGGUUUUUAUACGAUGUUUGACGAUAUGCUAGGUAUUAGCAUAUUGCCUGUCUAUUCAGGGAGCUCUGCCUCUUUCCACUGAGCAAAUGGAAGAUGAAAGGUCAUCACUUUUUUUUUAUUAUUUAACCGUACUUUGAUGUUAUUUAUAUCAUUCUUGAUUUAGUGAUUUUUGAAAAGAAGAAACUGAACAAUGUUAAAGUCUCAAAGGGCGAAACAUUUGAGGAAACAUAGAACGCACACGUCGGUUGAUUGCGGAAAAGAGUAAGUUAGAAAUUUAUAAAUCAGUUUGUGCAUUAUUCAUAUAUCAAGUGUGUAAUUUCUGUUUUGAAGAAAUUAUUUUCUAUCAUCUGUAAAAGUUAAAGCGUUAGAUGCAGGUUAAAUAAUACCUUUCAGAAUUUACACUUCUGGGGGAUGAAAAGUUUCCAUAAAUAUGACGGUUACUGAUCUGUAAGUACUGGAUUGGUCAAGACCUAUUCGUUCAUAUAGUAAUUAAGAUGUUAAGCUAAUUUUCAUGAUGACGGUAAACUCCGUUUACAGGGGAAACAUCUAAUAAAAACACAAUCUUCUGGCAGAAAAUUGGCUUUACAGUAGUACAACUGUGAGCACAGUCCCUGUUUGGCCAAGAAAAUAUAGCGCCAAGGACACUAAAGUGCUAAAGUGGUUGUGACCCAACAUGAUAGUGAAGCCCCGUCCAGUCUUUAGAGCUCAGAUACCGCUAUUAGGGGAGCUAGAACCGCUCCCUUUACAACCCCCACGACCACAAGUAAACCAGGCCAACUUUUGUAGUGUGUGUGUAUAACACACUACAGUCAUGAACGUUUCCAAAGACUAAAAAACUAGCCUCAAGCCGGAUAUUGAGGAUGGCAUCCAAACUGGCUGCCAAAAAAUAUGAAAUUCUGCAAUUAUUAAAUCUAAUUUAUUGCUAUGAUGCAUUUUAAUGGGAAACCAUUUUUGGUGACACCAUUUUGAAUUCAAAGGUCAUGAAUUAAGUUAAGAUGCAAAUGUAUUGUACCUAAGAUUUUCUUCUCAUGUAUAUAGUUUUGAAAGUUUGGUCUUAAUGGUGGCUGUUUUGGGGAACCAUCUUGAACAUCUGGCUUGAGGACAGUUUUUAUUAUUUUUGAGAGAGUUUUUUUGUUGUUGUUGUUCUUGGAUGAGGUUAAGGGUACAAAGGGGGCAGUCCUAGCUCACACUCCAUUGCGUGAUGUCAUUGGUCAUCUAGUUUUCAACAUGUGACUGAAGACGGCCAUGUUUUCUCUUUGGGUUUCUAUGAAACAUUUCCUCUGGACAUCAACACUCAUAUCCCAGAUGUACGAAUUCACAUAAACUGUUUAACGUGCAGGUGAAUUUCCAUUCACAUCUCCUUAGUGUGAGAAUAUGUAAAUAAUGUUGUUGAAAAGGAGAAAUUCUGAGAAUGUUACCAAAAGUACCUGUGCAUUUCAUUUAUUUUGCUUUUUUUCUGUACAUUUUAUUUCUCCUAAGGUCAAAUCGUCAAAAAAUAAACCAUUGACAGGGCAUCGAUUGGGUCUACGAGCUCCUCAAGGUCAAGCUUUGGUUUCUGUGUCUGGCUUGUGACAUGAGUUUAUUUUGGAGCUUAUCUUAAGUGCCUAAGAGGGUAAACAAGGCACACACAAAAAAAACAUGACUUCGGAAAAAGUGACAUUCAGCUCAAUAAGCUUCAUGAAGUACAGCCUGCCAAAUUAUUUCUUCUUAAAAUGUUUGUAUUAUAAUGUCAAAUAAAGAAAUUUACUUU